AUGAACAUGGCAGAAGGUGAUUCCCUGAUAUCUGUGGAUUAUGAAAUUUUUGGGAAGGUCCAAGGGGUCUUUUUCCACAAGUACACUCAGGCUGAGGGUAAAAAGCUGGGAUUGGUUGGCUGGGUCCAGAACACUGACCGGGGCACAGUGCAAGGACAACUGCAAGGUCCCAUCUCCAAAGUGCAUCAUAUGCAGGAAUGGCUUGAGACAAGAGGAAGUCCCAAAUCACACAUCGACAGAGCAAACUUCAGGAAUGAGAAAAUCAUCGUAAAGUUGGAUUACUCAGAUUUCCAGAUUGUGAAAUAAUGACCUGAAUUUAAAUUUUCUAAGAUAAACUCACUG